UGUGAGGCGCGGGGCAGGCAAGGCUGGGGGGUUCAGUUUUCAAAAUCAGUUCGCUGUUGUCCCUCAGGGUGGGAGGUGUAGGAGCCAAACCAAACUGGGGAAAUUAUAAAACUCCGAACGAGCCUUCCAGAACGUUACAAACUGGGAAGCGUUAAAAAGCAGGCUCUGUAAAGCCAGUUCCUUAGAUUUCUAUUCAGACAGUGUCCGAGGGCCUACAUUUUAUUUUUAAUAAAGUCUCCCAGGAGAUGCCGAGCUGGACGCCCGAGGAAGCUGGACGCCCGCAUUUUAAGGAACUGCGCCAGGAACUACACGCGAAUCCUCAAGGCUGGAAGUUCUUCCUUGGUCUAACCACACUCUCCUGUUGAGAAACCCUCUCGCCUCAUUCUGCAGAACACCCUCAUCAGGGUGGGGCUUGGCACUGGGGCAACGGUAACCGCGGUGACCUACGAGGUGUCUGGGGAAAUCGGGGCCCUGGCUCAGCUCUUGGAGGGGCUGCCGGCGAUGAGACAAUCGGGCCCAUCUAGGCUCUUGAGGGUUCGGGUUCUGUCCCAGGAGUGCAGCCAACGCCCAAGUGAGGAGCCGAAGAGGCGCGCCGGGCCGGGUCAGCGUCUCAGAGCCGUGGUUCCGCUCGGAGGCCGGGCGGGAAUUGGAGAGAGGAGUACGGGGGCCCCAAGCCCCGCGGUCACGGCGGCCGGCGAAGCGCGGGGCGGGGCGGGGCCGGGGCGCGGGCUCUUGGUUGCUAUGGUAACGCGUAAACACCCAGCGAGGGCGGCGUUGUGGGCGGCGGCGGCGGCGGUGCGAGCGCCGUCAGGCUUGCGGCCGAGAUGCCUUUAAGCACCACUGGCUUCCAGAGCCCAUCUUCUGCCGCUUCCAACAGGUCGAGGACUAGAACUCGCUACCGGACCAGAGCCGUGAGCUCCCAGGUGGAUGAGAACCUCUUUGGAGGUAUCAAGCCCCUGACCCAGAGCGACAACCCCAUCGUGCUGCUCCGAGAAAAGCAUGCCACUCAGAAAGCUCUCGCUGCCCCGGGCUUGGACCACAAGCCAGAGACCAUCCAGCUCAUCACCCGGGACAUGGUCCGGGAGCUCAUCGUUCCCACCCAGGACCCCUCUGGGGAGUCUCUCAUCAUGAGCCCUGAGGAGUUUGAGCGGAUCAAAGGGGCGUCCCACGUCCUGACCAGAGAAGAGCUCGAGGCCAGGGAGCAGGCCUUCAGGAAGGAGAAGGAAGCCAUCAUGGAUGCGGUGACCACACGCAAGAAGAUCAUGAAGCAGAAGGAAAUGGUUUGGAGGAACAACAAGAAACUCACCGACUUGGAGGAGGAGGCCAAGGAGAGGGCCCAGAGCCUCCUGCAGAGGGCCCACAAGCUGCGGCAGGAGCAGGAGGAGGAGCUCAAGGACAUGAGCAAGGUCAUCCUCAAUGCCAAGUGCCAUGCCAUCCGGGAUGCCCAAAUGCUGGAGAAGCAGCUGAUCCAAAAAGAACUGGAUGCAGAGGAGAAACGGUUGGAUCAGAUGAUGGAGGUGGAACGGCAGAAAUCCAUUCAAAGGCAGGAGGAGCUGGACAGGAAGAGGAGGGAGGAAAGAAUCCGGGGAAGGCGGCACAUAGUGGAACAAAUGGAAAAGAACCAGGAGGAGCGGUCGCUGCUCACCGAGCAGAAGGAGCAGGAGAAGGAGCAGAUGCUGGAGUACAUGGAACAGCUCCAAGAGGAGGAUCUAAGGGAUAUGGAGCGCAGGCACCAGGAGAAACUGGCGAUGCAGGCUGAGAUUAAGCGCAUCAACGAUGAGAUCCAGAAACAGAAAGCAGAGUUGCUGGCUCGGGAGAAGUUGGCCGACCAGAUGGUGAUGGAGUUCACCAAGAAGAAGAUGGCUCGAGAAGCAGAGUUUGAAGCUGAGCAGGAAAGAAUCCGGAGAGAGAAAGAGAAAGAGAUUUCCCGCCUGAGGGCCAUGCAAGAGAAGGCCCAGGAUUACCAGGCAGAGCAGGAUGCCUUGCGGGCUAAGCGCAACCAAGAGGCUGCAGAAAGGGAGUGGCGCAGAAAGGAGAAGGAGAACGCCCAGAAGAAGGUGGAUAUGGAGGCCAAACUGCAGAAAAGUCGGCUGGAACAGGUGGCUUUCAAGGAGCGUACCCUGGCCGUUCAGGUGCAGCGGGACCGCGAUGAGUUCGAGAGGAUUCUUCGGGCACAGAGAGAACAGACGGCAAAGGAGCAGCUGCAGGAGGAGAGAAGGGUGGCAGCGCGCUUACAGCAUGCCAACGAGCUCCGGCGCCAGGUGCGCGAGCACCAGCAGAGGCAGGUGCAGGGCCGGAUCGCCGCCUUCGAGGAGGGCCGGCGCCUGGAAGAGGAGGCCCAGAGGCGGCGUGAGCGCAUUGCCGACGGCAAGAGGAAGAAGCUGGCGGAGCUCAGAGCCACCGGCCUUCCUGAGAAGUACUGUGUGGAGGCUGAGCGCAAGGCCAACAUCCUGCCGCCCACCUCUGUGAGCUGACGGGGCCUCAGUGCCCCUCAGGAUGCCUUCAGGGAACGGGUUCCGACUAGCCUCUGGGUGCCCAUAACUGCUGCUAACCUAGACAUUUCAGUUACAGAUUAAAUGUUUCUACUUC